AUGGCGAGCUCUCACUCAGAUGAGCCCGCGGGCUCAGUAGCUCGACAAACGAACAGAUAUCUUCGCGAAGUCCUCCACGCACCUAUUGCGCCUCCUUCAAUCAACGUUCGCUACUUCUAUACAUCUCCUCUCGCUAUUGACGACCCGCUAUCUCCGUUGCCUCCACUGACCUCGACGUCAUCUUCCACAUACAACCAGCCACCACGUCCAUUCUCCAUCUACGAUAAUAAAGCCUUAGAGAAAACAUGGCUCGACCUGCGGACGAAAUUGUUAAAACACAACGAAGAGCUGAGGGACGAGAAGAAAAAGAAUCCGGAAUCGAGACGUGAGUCUCCCGGUGUAAAUCUGGCCGCCCUAUCACUGCAAAAAUGUGGUAAUAGGAGUAGAGGAACAUCUCUCACAGAGGAGAGGGGCCGACCUGUGAUUGGGUCUCUCCGUGCUACGAACACUUUCGCAGAGGGUACACAAGGUGGUAGUCAAGGAUCACCAAGCUCCUUUGGUGCCCGAUUUGCAAAGCUUGAGGAGAGGAUCGAACCUACCCGUGGCAAUGCUGGUUCGGCAGUUGGGCCGAUUCGAGUUGGCCCUGCUGAUGGUCAUAUGGAGACCGAUACACCAGCAAUCACUGGCAAUCCCUUCAUUCGAGCACCGUCCAGGUCGAAGGUGCAUACGCUAAGGGAGGAGAGUUCAAAACGGAGACCCAGUCCUCAACAAGCGGAUAGCUACAACUGGGAUGAGAAUCCUGGAGAGUCUCAUGGACAAACAAAACCCAAUGUAUUAAGUACCAGUGAUAAUAGCCCCGAAUCCGUUGGGCCUUCAGCCAAGGUGCCUGUAGGCGUGAGCCGUCUGCACAACGUAGUCAUGGACAAGAACCCAAUUCGUAUGGAGCCAAUCUACUGGAAGCCGGUCAGUGACGUUGCUGUUGUGACUCGAGGUACUUGGUUCUACAAAAACACCAUGCUACCAGUAGAGACAGAUGUCGCCAAUAUGUUAGAGAUAGGCUAUGUGGAACUUAAACCGUGGACAGAGACCUGGGCGGACGAGUUGAAUAGUGCCGUGGAAGUUGGUGCCAUAGGAGAGAUGAAGAUACUACAUCGCUUAUGGCCCGAAAAUCCUCCACCAAAGCCAGUCGAUAGUCGCCCUUCGACUGCAAGAGGCGGCGGAAUGUUGGGCGUUCAGAAUCUGCUUGAGCCUGAAGAGACGACUCCUGAGAAAGAGAGACAAGAAACUGUCGCCCACGCCUGUGAUCUAAUAGAUAUCUCUACAGGGCCUGAAGGGCCUGACAACAAAGCCAGUGGCUCAGCACCAUAUGGGCGUGAUGGGCGUAUUCGACAAUAUUUGACAGCUGGGGUCAUAUACGCUAAUCAGACCGACGCGUACCUCUUGCGACCAAAUUUGCAACCUUCACAUUACUACGGCCGAAGACCUCUGGCGAACUAUAUCCGCAAGAACCAUGCUAUAGGUGUUCGUGUUUGUAGGGGCUUCAACGAAGUAGCGUGGAACAGAAUGCAUCCUCCCAAAAACGAUCUAAUGACCACCAAAGCUGCUGAGGGAGUGUCCACAUCACUUGGCGGCGCUCCACCGGAGACACGUCAACAUGAAGAUUCAGCGAUUGCACAAUCUCUGCGGCCAAGGGUCACCGAUCUAGUACUUGUCAUACAUGGCAUUGGUCAAAAGCUUUCGGAGCGAAUGGAAAGCUUCCAUUUCACUCAUGCGAUUAACGCAUUCCGGCGAGAGGUGAACGUGGAGAUGGGUACAGGCAGUGUGAAGGCUCAUCUACGGCAAGAUAUGGGUGGUGUCAUGGUACUACCCGUCAACUGGAGAGUCGAUCUCUCAUUUGAAGAUGGUGGUUAUCGCAGUGACCAUGACGAUCCAGCAUUCAAUCAGUAUACCUUGAAGGACAUCACGCCAGAGACCCUGCCGUCCGUGCGAAAUGUUAUCAGCGACGUCAUGCUCGAUAUUCCAUAUUAUUUAUCUCGAGAACAUAACCCGAAAGUCCUCGCAGCAUGUAUUGGCGAAGCCAACCGCGUGUACCGUCUCUGGUGUGCUAACAAUCCUGGCUUCUCCGAGUGGGGACGAGUUCAUAUUAUCGGACACUCGCUAGGUAGUGUGAUGGCCGUUGACGUACUCAGCAAGCAACCCUCUCGCAUCUCCCCUCAUUACGGCAAUCCUUCAACUCCUGAAUCGGAACUCCCGACGUCUCACUUCGCGUUCGACACAAAGUCUCUGUUUCUAUGUGGAAGCCCUGCAGGUUUCUUCCUACUACUUAAGAAUGCCGCCCUCCUACCUCGGCACGAUCGAGACAAGCCUGGGGAUGAUGGUAGCACUCUGCCUGGAGUUGCUGGAGAGUACGGCGACUAUGGAUGCCUGGCUGUCGAUAAUAUUUAUAACAUCGUUAAUCCCUAUGAUCCAGUUGCGUAUCGCGUAAAUGCCGCAGUUGACGCAAUAUACGCAUCUUCACUGAAGCAAGCCUUCAUACCUUCAGCAAGCUCAGGCUGGCUUGUGUUCCGCAACCCUUUCAGAUCAACGCCUUCCACAAAUGAGUUCACGACUCCCACCCGGCCUGUACAUCCGCAUCUCCCCUCGAAUGUCGAACUUGAGACGCACAAUUUUUCGCGAGAAGAGAUUGCUGAGAAGCGUGCUUAUGCAUUGAAUGAUAAUGGCCAAAUCGAUUACUUCAUGCGCUAUGGAGGCGGUGCGUUGGAGAUUCAAUAUUUGACUAUGCUGGGUGCACACAGCAGUUACUGGCUAUCGAGAGACUUCGUAAGGAUGAUAGUGAUCGAAGUUGGGCGCAAAUUUGGUAAAGAUGGCACAGUCCCUGCAAUGAGAGCCCAGAAAAAGAAGAACUUUUCCGUGUGA